UACCAGCUCCAAGUGAAGCUCCUCCGGUGCCUCUUUUUGCGGUCGUACGACCUCCCGCAGCUGUUUCCUUUUGACAAGUAUGUGGAAGACGUACAAGACAGCCAGGUCGCGCACCUCGUGGAGAUCGACAUCUCGAUGUGGAUUGUCCUCAUGGCCACGUACGCGCUCUUCUUCAUCUUCAGCGGGGAAUUGCUCUCAAACGGCGAGUUCAAGGCGAUCACGCCAGUGCGGUGGUGGGUGUUUAUCGGAUUUGCAGUGUCCCUGUGGACUUUGAUGAUCCUGCUCUUGGUGUACUUGCGCAAGUUGGUUCAGCUGUUGCUGCAGCACGCGGCCAAGAAAGUCAACAUCGUGCAGGACGGAUCGACGUCGUGGAUUCGCGAACAUCGCAACAUGGCGACUCCGGAAGCCAUGGCCGAAGCGCUGAGCCACGUUGUGCAAUACGAAGCAAGUUUGCCGCCGAUGCCUCCGCAGGAAGCCAUCGACAACAUGCGACGGAUCGCCGACGAGUUGAGCGACGAUUCGCACGACGCACACUUUCUCGCUCACUUGUUUGCGCACGACUUGCUGUGUGGACUGCUUGGGACCGUGGGCCGACGGAUGAAGCGCCGACGCAGUCCGUCCCCCACCACGCCCAAAGGCAAGCUGCAUGGCGUGGGGUCGCUCCAUUUGCCGUACUUUUCUCGAAAGCUCGUGCAUGUCCUGAUCCAGUUGCUGUUUGUCAUGAACGGGUUCUACUACGCACUCUUUAUCAAUUGCGUGCUGUACUUGGACGGGUUCAACGGCAUGGCAGUGAUCAAGGCGGCGCUGGUCGUGAUCCCAUUGCUUCUCAACACGUUUGUGGUCGCCCCCAAGAUCACACGGGAGUUUUCCAUCAUCAACAGCCUCUUCCGCGUCGACGCACACAAGCUGAGCGCGAUCGUCGAGCAUUUUGCCGAAGUCGAAGCCAUGAAGGACGACAUGGCUCGCCAAGUGUUGGACCACUUGCACCACACGCACCAAACGCUCGCCGACCUCGCGGCGGCGCUCGCAAACGCAGACGCGACCGACGACGAUGCAGGCGACGGGUACAUUGAGAUGGAAGUGCUGCGCGGCAUCUUGAAACAGUUUGGGUUUCGCUUCCAACGCCAAAAGUUCACGACCCUCGUGCGCCUCGAAUUUGCCUCGAAAGGCACGACGAUUCGAUACCAGGACCUCCUCACGCUCUUGGGAGACACCGAAGUGAGCAUGCGGCAGCAGUCACGCCAAGUUCCAACAUUAAUGUCGUUCCAGUCGUUCCAACUCCCGUCGCAACCUGCACCCGAACAGGGUCAACCAGGCCACCCCGUUCCCCCGACCACCGUCCGUGAAGCCGCGUUUUUCGUUUAA